GACUCAACGCUGAGUGAGGACUCCCCACCGCCCAGCUCCAGCCCGCGUCUGCCUGGCCCUGCUGCCACCAAGUGCUCCUACCCCUACCACACGCUGUCACAGUCCUCGGACGAGUUCCUGGAUGAGCCCCCCGGCGCGGCCAUGGGGUGGACGUGCCACCAGGUCGGGCAGUGGCUGGAGAGCCUCAGCCUGGAGCAGUACGUGGAGGAGUUCUCAGCUCAUGGCAUCGAUGGCCCCCGGCUCCUGCAUCUCGAUGGGGCCAAGCUCAAGGCUCUGGGCGUGGGCAGCUCUCAGGACCGCGCCGUGCUCAAGCGCAAGCUGAAGGAGCUGAGCCUGGCAGUGGAGAAGGAGCGCAAAGCCCAGGAGAAGGCGGAAAAGCAACGGGAGAAGCAGAAGAAAAGGGACCAGGAGCAGCGGCGGAGUUAGGGGGGAGGGGCAGGAGAGCCCCCGGACCCUUCCUUUGCCCACAGCCACCCCCACCAGGGGACAUCCGGCCCCAGCAUGGCACA